AUGCGUCUCCCCCAGCUCACCCUCCCAAAGAACCUCAUCAGGUCCCUCGCCACCGCCGCCGAACAAGCAUCCUCCUCCACCGCCCCCCCCGCCCCCUCACCGCCCAACAAGUGGUCCCCGCAUACCCUCAGAACAGGCCUGAUCGCCCGUAAGCGCGGUAUGACUGCCAUCUGGGACGCCGACGGCCGCAGACACCCUGUCACUAUCCUCCAAGUAGACUCCAACCACGUCCUUCGCCACAACCCACCCCUCCCCCAAGCAUCCUCCCAAUUCCACUCGCUGCAAAUCGGCGCCGGCGACAAGCGCGCGAAAAAUACUACAAAGCAGCAGCUGGGCCACUUCAAGAAGGCGGGAUUGGAGGGGGGUAAAUAUAUAGUCAAGGAGUUUCAGGUGUCUGAAGAUGCGGUGAUCAAUGUGGGAGAAGAGUUGAGUGCGGGGCAUUUCGUGCCGGGGCAGUAUGUGGAUGUGCAGGGUGCGACGAUCGGAAAGGGCUUCCAGGGUGUCAUGAAGCGUUUCGGUUUCCGAGGUUUGAAGGCUACCCACGGUACCUCCGUCAAGCACCGAGCUGGUGGUUCUUACGGUCAGAACCAGGACCCUGGACACAUUAUCAAAGGCAAAAAGAUGCCUGGGCGCAUGGGCGGCGUCAACCGAACGACCCAAAAUCUCCUCAUCCACCGAGUUGACCACCUCUUAAACCUUCUCUACGUUCGAGGCUGCGUACCCGGCCACGACGAUGCGUUCAUCACCAUUCGAGAUGCUAAAAAGCUCGUCAAGGCCAAGGCGCAGCUGGCGUUGAAGAAGGGUAAAGAGGAGGGCGAGUGGCUGGGUCAGGGUGUGAUUGGACUUCCUACACCGGGUGCUACCAAGGCGCAGGUGGAGAGUGAGGGUUGGCCAGAAGUCGUCGAGUGGAAGGGAGAAGGUUACGCUGAAAGGUAG